UAAGAUGUGGAGCUCUGCCCGGCCGAGGGGGGCUCCGUGGAGGCAGACGCAGCGUGAGCCCGGCAGGGGGGAGUAUGGGCAGGCCUGUGGCCACGUGGUGAAGGAUGAACAUUCGGGGGGCCCCGGAACUCGGGCAGCCCAGUGACCACCCCAGCAGCGGCGGCGAGCGGGAGCGGAUCCGGCAGCGCAUGAAGAUGGUCAUCGGGCAGCUCGAGGACAUCCUGCGGGAGCUCAAGGAGGUGGCCAAGGAGCUGAGGGAGGUGGUGAGCCAGAUCGACAGGCUAACCUCGGACUUCGACUUCGACCUGGAGCCGGACGACUGGACCACGGCCACGGUGAGCAGCACCUCGAGCAGCGACAAGGCGGGCACGGGCGGCCCCUUCGACCUGGGCCAGCUGGACUUCGUGACGGCGGACAUCCUCUCCGACAGCUGGGAGUUCUGCUCCUUCCUCGACGCCUCCACGCCCUCGGACUCUGUGGACGGCCCCGAGGCCCGGCCGGGCGCUGGCGCCGACUACCGGCUCAUGAACGGCGGCCUGCCCGUCCCCAACGGGCCGCGCGUGGACACCCCGGACUCCUCCAGCGAGGAGGCCUUUGGCACUGGCCCAGCCAAGGGCCAGCAGCCCCAGCGGACCCCGGGCACGCGGGAGAGGGUACGUUUCAGCGACAAAGUGCUCUACCACGCGCUGUGCUGCGAUGACGAGGAGGGAGACGGCGAGGAGGCGGCCGGUGUGGCAGAGGAGGAGGAGGGGGGCACGCCUCCCGAGCUCCCCCACGCCGAGGGCGCCCUCAAGCCGGCCCCAGCCCCCCACAAGCCCCGGCGCCCUCCCUCGACUGGUGGCCGCUCGGGCCCCGCGGCAGCCCCCGAUCACUACAGGAGGAACAGCACAAGGAACAGCAGCACCCAGACCGUGUCAGACAAGAGCACGCAGACGGCGCUGCCCUACACGGCUGCCCGGCAAAAAGCCAAGGGCAAGAACUAGGGGCGGGCGGGCAGGCACAUAGAGCUAUAUAUAUAUAUAUAAUAUAUAUAUUUAAAUAAUCGCAGUCAUAAUAAAAUUUUAAA